AUGGUACCAAAAGGCGGUUACAGGAGAAUCUUUGGUGGUGAAGAUAAAAAAGUCAGUUUUGUAUCUUCACUUUUUUAUCGCUGGAUGAACGGAGUCCUUAAGGAGGGCAGUCAAAGACCUUUGGAUCAAAAUGACUUUUUACCCUUGUCAGAGGAGAACUCUGGCCGUUUUGUCACCGACAAGCUUCGAAAAAGCUGGGAAAGCGAGAAACAUCAUUGCAAGAUGAAUGGGAAAGGGCCCAAACUUUGGAAAAGCGUCUUUGAUAUGCUUUCUGCCGAAGAUGUUAUCAUCAUUUUGACGGGGAAUAUAUUGUGUACAACUUCUCGCCUUCUCUUUCCACUGUUUCUCGGGUAUCUUGUUUCUAAGCUUAUGUCAACUGAGGCAGAGAAUACUUAUCAGCUCUACGCCUGCGCAUUAGCUUUGUGUCUUAAUGGUUUGAUCGGUGGUCUUGGUGCGCACCAGCGAGGUUACAGAUGUGAAAUAUUGGGGAUCAAAUUAGGAAGCGCCCUGAGAGGACUGGUGUACCACAAGGUAGGCACGAUCCUAAAUAGUAUUCUCUGCGUUUUUCGAAGGCUCAACCGAUUUUUCUAAUACCCUAGACACCGCAAAUUAAGCCGAACAAACUUGAACAUAUUUAUUUAUCCGAUAAAGAAUUAUUUUUUCUAGAAAUCUGAUCGAUUGCAGUCGGCUUAUGCCAUUAAUCAUCAUCGCUAGUUGCUGCUUCUGCGAGAGCAACCAAUCCUGCUCACCAACAAAAGAAUCGAAGAAAGAAGCAGCUAUUUAACCUGUAGUUAACGUGGAAGUAGGCAACAGAAACCAUAACGUAUACGGCCGCGCUUAUGAACGAGAUUCAAAAUGGCGCCGGAGUUGUCGCUCUUUUUACUCACUAUUUUAAAGAUAAUUUGGUAGAGGUUUGGUUACUCUCGUCUCGAAACAAAAUCAUCGUUAACAUACUUUUCCUUUAAUGUCUAAUCUGUACCCUCUUUCAGACGCUUCUACUCAGCAAGCAGACGUUACUGAAAUUCACUGCAGGACGCUUAUUUGACCUGAUAUCAAAUGAUGUUAAAAGAAUGGAAGAAGAGACAGUCAAGUUCUUUUUCUCAGCCGUUUUCGCAGUUCCUGCUUAUGCGGGGGCAACAUUUCUUAUCUACAAUCUGAUUGGUUGGCAGGCUGUUACGGGUGUGCUCCUUCUGUGUAUUCUCAUGCCAUACUUUGCCGUCUUGUCCUAUGCUAAUGCUAAGCUGCGCUUGCGCACAGCCACAGUGUCCGAUCAGCGAAUCUCCUUAAUGAAUCAAGUAGUUUGCGGGAUCCGCACGGUCAAAACGCAUGCGUGGGAGGACGAAUAUGGACGAAAGAUAAAACAUGUAAGAAGGUAAGGUAAAUUAUCAUUUUCAAUCAGAAGUAGGCUAAAACAACUAUGUUUAGUCAUUCCUGUAAUUGUUGACCCAAAUUAUUCAAAAACUAUAAGUCUGCCUCUUCUCAGUUAAGAGUUUUAUUAGCUACGCAAUUUAAACAAGUCCCUCCAAAAAAACGCUUUGGACCGCGGUAUGAGCCAAUCACAAUUCCUCUUUUUACAAAGAAUAAGUUUCUCAUGUAACCCAUUCCAUAACCGGACUGGAAGGACUGGCCAGUCAAUUAAAAAAUAUCAGGAUAUAAUGAGUAGAUAGUGUCGAAAAUGCACUUUGAUUGGCCCUCAAACUCCGAAUAUCCUUUGCAAUUCAUCUUCAAGCGACUCGUGCGGGUAAAUAGAUAUCACCUCCACUUCGGAGAAUAAUCGUUCAUUAUUAUAGGUAGAACAUCUCAUCUCAUUAUUAUUUUUCAUGCGCUAUCGUGGGGUUGCAAAAGACGGACUUUCGCAAAAGACGCACGUGAACGAUUAGGAAGGGUGCGGCCCGCCUGGUGCCGCCCGCUCACCUCGUUAAUAUUUCAAAUUAGAGUGAACACUGACGACGAGUUGGUUCGACAGAAUGCCCACAUAACCUAUGAUCAACUUUUAUCUUCAGAAAUGAAAUCAGCGUCAUUUUGAAGAGGACAGCCAUUCAGUCAAGUAUCGAUGCCUUGUCAUACAGUGCAACACCACUGGCCACUCUGGUGUCAGUAAUUACCAUGGUGCUUACAGGCCAGACUCUUACGCCCACCAAUGUUUUUAUGCUGCUUUCGUUUAUGGGCGUUUUAAAAUUGAGUGGCAUGUUGAGUGUGAUCACUGGUUUAAUGCUAACGUAUGACGCCUACGUUUCGCUCGGAAGAAUCGAAGAGUUCCUUCUUUUGGAAAAUCUGUUGCAAGCCUCGGAGAGUGAUGACAGCAACGAGCCCCCAAAAAAAGCGAAAAGUACCUUAGGUAACGAAAGUUGCAGUUACUUGAAAAAAGAAGAGGAAAAUACGGACGAGGUUUCCCUCUCUCGUGAAGCAACAGAAUUAGGGCCUGCUAUACUGUGUGUGUCAAAUUUAAGCUAUGCAAAAACGCAUCAUGAAGAUGAACUUAUUCUUCAGGAUAUCAACUUCUUUGCACCUUCAAAGAGUUUAACAGUCAUCACUGGCCCGGUUGGAAGUGGAAAGUCUACUCUCCUCUCAGCGAUCGCUGGUGAAAUUUCGAACGCCAGUGGGACGAUUGAUUAUCAAGGUUCUGUCAUUUACUUGCCUCAGACUGCUUGGGUGUUCUCGGGAACGAUAAAAGAAAACAUUCUGUUCGGUCAACCCUUCGAGGAGUCCAAGUACGAAAGAAUAAUCGACGUCUGCGCUCUAAAAGAAGACUUUCAGCGGUUACCUGAUGGUGACCAAACAGUUGUUGGAGAACGCGGCGAGAUUCUGAGUGGAGGACAACAGGCGAGAAUAAGUUUAGCUCGCGCUGUUUAUGCUGACGGAGAUAUUUAUCUAUUGGAUGAUCCACUGAGUGCUGUCGAUGUUAAAGUUGGCCAACACAUCUUUCACGAGUGCAUCAAAGAUCUCCUAGGCGAAAAAAUCGUUCUGUUUGCAUCUCAUCAGCAACAGCACAUGGAAAAUGCUGAUCAAGUGAUUGUGUUGUACAAAGGGCGUGUCUUCGACAAGGGACGUUUUACUGAGCUGCACGAAAAAGGUGUAAUCAAUUCAACUGUUGACCCACUCUAUAAGGCAGCUCUCAAGGACAAAACAGACUCAUCUUGGCCGUUCGGCUGGGAAGAUAAGGAGGAACACGAUGUUGUUAAAAAGUGCCAGAAAAUACAUGCUCUGCCCAAUGAAGCGAGGAGUUUGCAAAUAGCAAAGGAGGAUCGUACAAUCGGAGUUGUGACAACCAAGCUUUAUUGGGACUACUUCAGAAGUGGAGCACAUCCUUUGAUGAUAACUGGAAUGGUUACUUUAAGUCUCAUUACUCAAGGUAAACUUAUUGUUAGAGUGAGUUACAAACCUUGGGUCAGGCCCUAACAGGGAAUACAGCAACCUUUUUUUUUCUAUAUUUCCUUUAUCCUAUUUCCUGCAAAUAACUUCACAAUGGCUAUGCUUUUAACCAACAAUACACGUUGUUUUUAGAUUAGAUGGUAAAGGUAAGAGACAAUGCACAAAUUUCUGACCAUGUUCCCGAUAUCGCGCUCUCUCGUAGAAUCGCGAGGCAAGCGCAAGUGAAUGGACAGUCACGCGCGAAAGGAAGAGCUGGUGUUUUUCUCCCCACGUUUCCCUUGCACUUGCCUCCACUCGCCUGAAAAAGGUUAAAAAACACUCGCUCUACAAACUAACUUCUGAAAUCAAACGCAGUUGUCUAACAAUAUCUAUGGGUAACAUGGUUGACUGCUUCAUCUAUUCUGUGACGUUGUGGUGCUUACAUAAACAUCCCUAAGAUACUAACGGUAGUGGCUAAUCCAGGCGAGUUGUGCCUUGGCCCAAUAAAUCUUAUAAUCUUCAACUGAGUGAUUAUACAGAAACACAUUUCAACCACUGCAUAUUAACGAUGUUUCUUUCAGCCAUCAUAGCUGCUCCAGACUUGUGGCUCUCGUUUCUUGCAAGGCUAAACCCAGAGGAUCAGAAGAAGAAGACUUAUCUAUCUGUCUUCGCCUGUCUGGUUGGCGUGUGUUUUAUAUUUACUAUCGUUUGGGCUUAUGGAUUCUUCCAUGUUUGUCUAAAGUGCGCCGAGCGUCUUCACGAUAAAAUGGUUGUAGCCAUUUUACAAGCACCUGUCCUGUUCUUUGAUUCAAAUCCAGUGGGAAGAAUCCUAAAUCGCUUCUCGAAUGACAUUGGCUGUGUAGAUGAGAUGUUACCCAAAACAUUCCUGGCGGCAAUGCAGAUGCUCUUGGUGAUAUUUACCCAAAUUCUGGUUACAGUUUCCACAAAUGUUUGGCUGAUGUUUCUUGUUGUUCCAAUUUCCGUGCUGGUCGUUUUUCUAUCCGACUAUUACUUGAAGACUGCCAGAGAACUAAAGAGGUUAGAGUCGAUAUCCCGAAGCCCAGUGUUCGCUCAUUUUUCGGAGACCCUAAUAGGACUUGACACGAUUCGAACGAGAGGAAGACAGACAGAUUUUGUGGAUGCACUUUACAGGUAUGUUGGGGACAUUGAUCCAGUCUGUGGUACCAGAGCCAAUAAAUGUACAGGGCACAAAUGACUCAUGAUUGCCUAUUUUUUGUGAGCCAUUAAUUUUCUUAUUUAGCGGCAAUACACGACAAGCGGAAAGACUACAGUAAUUGCUCUGUGCGGUUUUCGUCCUUCUGAUAGGAUUUCAACAGAACCAUAAUAUGAACGGUCAAUCAACAAGAUCGCGUGACGCAGAAAUUUCAUGAUUUGUCAAAAAUGAAACAAAUGUAUCGAACGUGAUUGGUUAUCACCAGCCCGAUUAGAGCACUAAUAGCACAGUGUCAGUGUCGUGCUUGUAAUUGGACAGUGUAGUAGGACAGUUGACAAGUCAUGUCUGCGUGUAAGUGUAUGCCCGCGCUGUUGUCGGGAAUUUCGCCGAGUUUUUUUUUUUUUUUUUUUUGAAAACGUAUAACUGAUGUCUAGUUUCUUUCUCUAAUUUUGUCAUAGUUUUGAUCAAUUAGUAAGAGAACGUCAUGUCGUCCAAUUCUGUAAUAACAAUACCACAAUAAUAACCACAAUAAUACGCGUGGUUUAAAAAAUCAGACUCCUGCUUCGCAGUCGUCCGCUUUUAUUAAUCGCUCUGAUGAUUUCUGACCGAAUUGGACUCCAUUAUGAGUUUCACAGGAAAUGCAGAUAAGUGCCACUCGUCUUCUCCCUCUGAUAAAUGUUAUGUUAAGUAUACAAUAUGUAGUUGUGAUAGUGAACAAUUAAGAGCUGGCUUGUUUUGGAGAGCAUUUUUAAUGAAAAAAUACCCAUAUCGUUAACAAAUUCGGCUCUAGCGGCUCUUACGUUAUCUGGGCGAAUGGAGAAUACCUAAGAAUGCUACGUGGUUACGGAGGUGAUCUUUCGGACAGUUAGCUAGAAGCUUACGGAUGCUUCUUCUAGUUUCUACUGUUAAUAAAAUGUAUGAUUAUGGACCGAAUUGGACUCCACUCAGUCCUAUUACCAAUAUGAGUUUAAAGGAAAUACAGACAAGUGCCACUCGUCUUCUCCUUCUGAUAAAUUUUAUCCUUAGUAUACAAUAUGUAGUUGCGAUAGUUAACAAUUAAGAAUUUUUUUCUUUGAGGUGGCAGGGGGGAUUUAUCAUUUUGAGUGGAAAAGUACCCAUAUCGUAAACAAACUUGGCUCCAGCGGCUCUCACUUCAUCUGGACGAAUGGAGCAUACCUAAGACUGAGAUGUGGUUACGGAAGUGAUCUUUCGGAUACUUAGCUAGAAGCUUGUGGAUGUUUCUUGGAGAGUAAUAUCUUUUUGAGAGGGUGGGGUCGGGCGGAAUUUCUUGAAAGACUACUUUACAUGAGGGGACGCAAAUCGUCUGUACUGUAAGUAUCCCGGAGAGUCCCCUACAUUUUCUUAGACUUUUAGGCUAAGAAAAUGUAUGGGACUUUUUGAACGCUGUAAGGUGUCAUAAUCCUGUUGCUGCUGACAUCGAUGUGACAGAUAAUUGCUUUUGCACUGUUUUCUUUGCCGGCUUAUACUUGUCAUCAAGUUUCAGUAAGACGGCUAUCAUUUUUCACACGAAUAAUGAAGUUUUCGUAAAUUGUGAGAUCGGAUGCAAGAGCACGUGUUCAACUAUUUCCCUCUUCUUGCGGAGCUUGAUAUGUACUUACAGUGCAGACGAUUUGCGUCCCCUCAUGAUUAAGCGGUUUGUUUUGCGCGAGUUUGUCGGGCCCAUCACGAACUAAAGUAAUACAAAGCUUCUACAAUCCGGUUUAUUUUCGACAGUCAGCUAAAAAAUCACUCCAUUAUUAUAACACAUUGUGAUAAAAACUCAUCCCUUCAGAUAUGAAGAUGUUCAUAAUCAGGCGUACAUUAUGGUGAUGGCCAGCGGUAGGUGGCUCGGUGCACGUUUGGACUGUCUCGCUUCCUUGUUAGUCGGUGCAGUUGCUGUGGCUGCAAUCUUGGUAUCUCAAGAUGCCGGUAAGCUCAAGAUUCUAAGUAACGUUUUUGAUUUUCCAUGUAAAGUAAGAAUUCAUAUAGUAGUGUAUUGACACAGCAUGAACUAAUAAAUAAAAAAUAAGUGUGAAAAUACGUGCACUCCUAUUAUCAACGGGUGGUUUCUAUAUGCGACAGAAACGUGAGAGUCACUCGGGUAGCUUAACUGCUAAGCAAACGUUGAAGUGUCUAUUAUGAUUCAAGUCGGGAAACUUGUGUUGAUAACUCCUCUGCACCUACUUAGCCAGGAGUCAAAACAACAACACUAAGAAAGAAAAGUUUUCGUUAUAUGUUUUGAGCCAACAAGAGAAAACUAGUCCGGAAUUUAUAAAUUCAAGGUCCAAUUCUUUUUCAGCUUACGCUGGUCUCGCUCUUGUUUACGUCAUCCAAACUUUGAGCUCCACUCAAUACGCUGUUAGAAAAACCUCUGAAGUGGAAAACUACAUGACGUCAGUUGAGCGAGUUAUAACCUACACCAAACUUGAUCGUGAGCCUGGAUACGCGGAAGAACGAACACCCCCACAAGACUGGCCUCGGAGAGGAAGUAUUGUGUUUAGAGAUGUAUUACUGACGUACUAUCCGGGAGGACCUCAAGUGUUGAAAAACGUCAAUCUUAGCAUCAAAGGAGGAGCAAAGAUUGGAGUUGCCGGCCGUACGGGAGCUGGGAAGUCAUCUUUUGUAGCAGCUCUUAUGCGCAUGCCUGAUGCUGAUGGAGAGAUAAUCAUUGACAAUGUUCCAAUUAAGGACAUAGGCCUCCAACAAGCUCGACGAGGUAUCUCGGUUCUUGGCCAAAGUCCUGUUCUUUUUAGCGGAUCAUUGAGGAAAAAUCUAGACAUUUUUGACAAGUUUCAGGACGCUGAAUUAUGGCAAGCUUUAGAGGACGUGCAACUGAAAGAUUUUGUCGAGACACUUGAGGCCAAGCUGGAUCACGAACUGCUGGAGCAUGGCGCUAAUGUCAGUGUUGGAGAGCAGCAGUUAAUUUGCUUGGCUCGUGUGCUGCUACAGCGAAGUAAAAUCGUCGUCUUGGACGAGCCAACUGCGCAUGUUGACCCAGACACAGAGCAGACGAUUUGGAAUGUAGUGCGGGAUAAACUGAAGGAGUCUACUGUCAUCACUAUAGCUCACCGUUUGAACACGAUAAAAGACUGCGAGAAGAUUUUGGUCUUGAAAGAUGGAAAAGUUAAAGGAUUUGACAAAUCUGAUUCAAUAAUAAACAUCAAUUGA